AUGCGUCUGACAGCCUUCAAUACCCACCUCCUGGUCCUGACCGCUGUGCUGGCCUUAUCCAGCGCCCUGGGGAGAACACACUAUCUCUUCCAAUCACAACAAGGACCACAACAUCCUGCUGGGAAAGUCAUGGGUCAUCAUAAGAGCCAUUGUGCUUAUGUGGUUGAGAAAAGCGUUUCCUUUACAAUGCAAGAUGGCGUCGCUCCAUAUGUCAAGGCAGAAUACAACAAAUGCUCCUGGGGCCAGAAGUGUCCUGCACUGAUGUAUCGCCUGUUCUACAAGCCCUUGUUCAAGGUUGCAUACAAGACAGUGACAGAGUUGGAAUGGCGCUGUUGUCCUGGAUUCUUCGGAUUUGGGUGUAAAAGUGGACCCAUGCACAAGGGGCCUAUGCCAAUGCACAAGGGUCCGAUGCCAAUGCAUAAAGGGCCCAUGCCUCCAUUCAAAGGGCCCAUGCCUUCAUUCAAAGGCCCCAUGCCAAUGAACAAAGGCCCUAUGAUAGUACAUAAAGGUCCUAUGCCAAUGCAUAAGGGGCCUAUGCCAAUGCACAAGGGCCCCAUGCCGCCAUUCAAAGGGCCCGUGCCUCCAUUCAAAGGCCCCAUGCCUCCAUUCAAAGGUGUGAAUCCCCAGCCCACUAACAGAGGACAGCAGUGGGGUCAGAGCCCAAUGAAUACCAGAUCUCAGGACAAUUUUGAUCAAGACGUAGGGUCCUACCCAAACCCCCCUCACUCAUCUAUCUCAGGUCACCAGGAUCCUCUAGCUGCCCCCACUGAGGACGACAUUCCUAACCAUCACAGUUUAUCUCCUGAACACCAUGACGCUACUCUGGAUCACGACCAUGACCCCUCACUAGAUCACCAUGACCCCUCACUCGAUCACCACGACCCCUCACUAGAUCACCAUGACCCCUCACUCGAUCACCAUGACCCCUCACUAGAUCACAUUGAUCCAACACUGGAUCACCACGACCCGAUGCUGGAGUCCCAUAACCCUUCUGCAGACCCCGUCAAUGCCAUUGCAGAUCACAACGCUGCUCCUGGAACACACCCAAUCACUGUAAAUGUUGAGGCAGAAAUACUUGCUGAGGAACAUCCACCCCCUGUUGACAGUCAUCCAAAUUAUGAUCAAGAUCUUGACGGAUUGACUGCUGAGAGGCUGGACAGGAUGGAAGACGAUGUGCAACGUCUGUCUCGUGGCUUGGAGACGCUAAGAGGCACAGUGACUGGCCUGGAAGACAGUCUGCGGAAGUCUUUACGUGAGGACGCCAACAGGAUGCUCUCCGCUCUGCUCUCUGCGGGCCCUGCUGCUGGCCCACAACCCGCCCUGCUGUCCAGGGACUCCAGCGUGGGCUUCGGAGAUCUCCCUGGAGUGGCCCCCGACAGGGAGGGUUUAGAUGGGAUGCAGUAUCCAGGGCUGACUGAGCUGGUUGGAAAGAUGACGGAGCUCCGCAGUGAGCUCCAAGCUAAAGCCACUGAGCUAGACGAGAUCCGUGCAACAGUGCUGGGCCAUGACAGUGCCCUGAAGAAGCUGGCCAAUGAGACACACUCCCUCACUGGAAACCCUCUCGCCCCUGAAGCCAAGAAGGCUUUGGAGAAGCUGGUGGAUGGCCAGAUAAGCGGUGCCCGCACAGCCAUCCUGGGAGGCUUUGACAGACGUGUGGAGACUGCAGAGAACCGGUGCGAAGAGAAAGCCGGAGAGGUGCGUCGGCAGUGCCAGAAGGAUCAGCUGGAUCAGGAGAGCCAGCUUGAGGAGGCUCUAGAUGACAGCAUAGAUGAUCUGAGGAAGGAGCUGGCUGACCUCCACGCUCAACUGCAAAAGCUGUCUUCACCAGAGGACGGCUGCUGUCACGCAAUGUCUGGUUUGACUGAGCGGGUGGUUAUGCUGGAGCAGUCUAUGGAUGGUCUUAACCAGUCUCAGGGGUACCUCAAGGCCGAACUAGGAGGGCACAAAGAUCAUGUGGAAGGCAUGCUGGAAGGCCGUCUGGGGUAUGUAGAGUCUAAACUAGAUAUUACUGUGACCAGCCCACACGGAGGGUCACGAGGAGUUCCUUCCACCAGUCUGGAGUCCAGACUAGAGGAGAAGCUGAAAGCCUUGGAGGAACGUCUCCUCACAGCAGUGGAGGAGCUGGGCAAUGCCACAGUCCCUGCUCUUCUGGAAGGGAAAGUGGUGCCAACCCUGGAAACAGAGGUGGAGUCACUGCGGAAGAGGGUGGCAGUGGAUGUAGACCGGGUGCAGAGGCAUCUCACCAGCCUGGAGCUGAUGUGCUCCUCAUCAUGUGCGCCCGCACUAGAAGGAACCACUAAUGUGCAAGCAAAUAAUAAUGAACACACCACUUCUGCAGACAACCACAGUAAGGUCUUGGAUCAGCAAGCUGAAAGGAUGAACCGUCUCAACGCAACAAUGACACUUCUCCUGCAGAAAAUGGCAGAGAUGGAGAUGUCGGCAGCUGGAGGUCUUGAGGGAGAGGUGACCCUGCUCAAGGUGAACGUGCGCUCUGUGAACCGCACCCUGCUCGGCCUGAGGAACUCCUUGGGCACAGUAGUGCAGGAGGUGACCCGGGCCAACUCCACCUGGCAGGAUCGCGAGGAGAGGCUGGCGCAGCAGGUGAAGGGCGUGGUGCAGCUGGUGGGCAAGCAGGCCUCCAUGCUGAGCAGUGGAGAAAGGAGGCUGAGCCGCCUCAAGGGCGAGCUGCAGGAGAUGAGGCGCCGGCUGGCUGGGGAGCUCCAGGGUUGUCGCUCGGCCGCUCUGGGGGUCCAGAAGGAGGUGACCGAGGUCGGGGGCAGGGUGGCUCGCGUCGAAGGACAGUGUGGCGGUCUGUCGCACCUUGCCGAGGACCUGGAGAGAAUUCGCAGUGAGCUGGAGGGCCACUCGGAUGGCCAACUAGUGCAGUUUAAUAACACGCUAGCCAGCCACUCAUCACAGCUGUCUGAGCUGAGAGAUGAACUGAGGAACUGCACUGGGGCGGCCACGGCAGUGGGCAAGGCGUUGGGAGACUUUCACAUUGCACCCAACCACGUGACACCUGAGGUAGCAGCUGAACCUAGAGGAGACCAAUUUGCUGCACCAGUUCAACCAAAAACACCACAUUAGGUACCAGGCAACAGCGUCAG